UAAAAAUAAAAACAAAAACAAAUAAAAGAAUAAAAUAUUUUUUUAUUUUAAUAAAUAAAUAAAAUAAAUAAAUGGCACACUUCACAUGGUUGCCAUUAGUGGCGGGGGGCGUGGCCAUGACGUCAUGGGCGGUGGUUUUGGCCAGCGACGCGACGCCGAUUCCGGAGGCUAGAGGCCAGGUGGAUCAGUGGUUCGCCACCAACGUCAAGGCACUGAGCCAAAGGAAGGGCACGCUGGACCCGGCGCUCGAGGCGGCCGAGGCCAAGCCACUUGUCAUCACCGUAAAUAAGGGGGGAGGUCAGUUCCGCACGCUGACGGAAGCGUUGAGGAGCAUACCGGCGGGGAACAGCAGGAGAGUGAUCAUAAGAAUGGGACCCGGAGAAUACAGAGAGAAGGUGACGAUCGAUAGGAACAAACCCUUCAUCACGCUGCUCGGAAACCCCAAGUCCAUGCCCGUCAUCACCUUCGACGGCACCGCCGCCAAGUACGGCACCGUCGACAGCGCCACCCUCAUCGUCCUCUCCGAUUACUUCAUGGCCAUCAACGUCAUCGUCAAGAACACGGCACCGGCGCCGGACGGGAAGACGAAGGGAGCGCAGGCGCUGGCGAUGAGGAUAUCGGGAAACAAAGCGGCGUUCUACAACUGCAAGUUCUACGGAUACCAAGACACCGUCUGCGACGACACCGGAAGCCAUUUCUUCAAAGACUGUUACAUCGAAGGAACCUUCGAUUUCAUCUUCGGCAGCGGAACCUCCCUCUACCUGAGGACGCAGCUGCACGUGGUGGGGGAUGGGAUAAGAGUGAUAACAGCGCAGGCGGGGAAGAGCACGGCGGACCAGAGCGGGUACUCGUUCGUACACUGCAGAGUGACGGGAACUGGGGAAGGAAUCUACUUGGGUCGGGCUUGGAUGACUCACCCUAAGGUUGUCUACGCCUAUACCGAGAUGACAAGUGUCGUCAACCCAUCUGGUUGGCACCAUAACCCCGACAUCUCUCGCGACAAGACGGUGUUCUACGGGGAGUACAAGUGCUAUGGACCAGGGUCACUGAAGCACAAGAGAGUGCCGUACACUCAGGACUUGGACGCAACAGAAGCUCGUCGUUUCCUGACACUUGGUUACAUCCAAGGUUCCAAGUGGCUCCUCCCUCCUCGUGCCUUCUAAUCCAAUUCUUUUUUUUUUUUUAUAGAAAAAACACCUCCACAUAAAAAUUAUUACAAGAAAUUGUACAAAAAAAGAGGCCUGUAAUGGUCGGUUUUUCCAGUUCUUUUUUUUGGUUUCCUCUGGUAUGGCAAAUUGAGUAUAUGAAGCUCUCUCUCUCCAUGUUGAAGGAGUAGAAGCUUAUGAAAUUUUGUUUCUAAUAAAAAUUCUACUUAUGGA